GAACCUUGCGCAGCCGCAGCCCGGGAGGAGAAGAUGGUGCUUAUCAAGGAAUACCGUGUGAUCCUACCGAUCUCUGUGCAAGAGUACCAAGUCGGUCAGCUGUUCACUGUAGCAGAGGCCAGUAAGAAUGAGACGGGGGGAGGAGAGGGCAUCGAGGUGCUGAUAAAUGAACCCUACGAGGACGAGGGAGAGAAGGGACAGUACACGCACAAAGUCUACCAUCUAAAGAGUAAAGUCCCAGCCUGGUUGAGGUAUAUUGCACCAGAGGGAGCAUUAGUCUUCCAUGAAAAAGCCUGGAACGCAUACCCGUUCUGUCGCACCGUUAUAACGAACGAGUAUAUGAAAGAUGACUUCCUGAUAAAGAUCGAGACGUGGCACAAACCUGACAUGGGAACACUGGAAAACGUGCAUGACUUGGAUGGUCCUACGUGGAAGACAGUGGAGGUAGUCCCCAUCGAUAUCGCAGACAAAGAUGUGGUGGCCCAUGGGGACUAUAAACCAGAGGAGGACCCUGCUCUCUUCAAAUCGACAAAGACAGGCAGAGGACCACUCUCACCUGAAUGGAAGAACGAUCUGAUGAACAAGACGGACUGUCCUAAGAUGUGUGCCUACAAACUGGUCACUGUCAAGUUCAAGUGGUGGGGCCUGCAGACCAAAGUAGAGAACUUCAUCCAGAAGCAAGAGAAGCGUAUUUUCACUAACUUCCAUCGCCAGUUGUUCUGUUGGAUCGACAACUGGGUGGAGCUGACCAUGGCGGACAUCCGACGAAUGGAAGAGGAGACCAAGAAAGAGCUGGAAGAGAUGCGUGAGAAGGGCACCGUGCGAGGAACCUCAGCAACCUCGGAAGAGUAGCCCCCGCCCCUGUAGGUCAGAGGCUGACUGCGUAGGUCAGGUCAGGUUCGAGGCAUGACUGCGGCUCACGAGCAGUGAGGUUGACCAACAAAACCCUUCCAUGAUGAUGUUACCAUGUCCACAGAGGAGAGGAAGUCUCUGCUCUACUUCCUGUCUCCCAUGAUUCAUAUGGGGGGGUUUGUCCUGAUUGGUCAAUGUUAUUGUACUGACCCUCAAUCACAUGCCUCCGAUUCACACAGAAAAACAAAAGCGGUUUUGCAUUUAAAGAAAAUUUUUAAACUCUUUGCACAGAAGGUAAAUGUAAUUGUUAGUUGAUUAUAAGACGGGCUUCGUUUGUAUCCAGAGACACAGAAAGCCAAGCCUUUUAAACAGAUAAGAAUGUUAUUUGUUAUUUUACAGUUCUCGGUAUGUUAUAAUUUCCCCCAAAAUUGGAAUAAGAUAAUGUAUUAACAGGUAUUGGACCAAUUUUAUUUUUCAUGUAUUUGUGUUCCCUGUUUUUAUCACACUGUAUCUGUCAUUCUGCCAUGGCUCCGGUUGGUUUCAUCCUUGUUUCUUCCCCCUCCUGAGACUACGGUCCGUAUCAGCCCUUAUCCGAGUUGUAGUGGUCUGCAGACGUGAAACGCGUCCCAAAUGGCACCCUAUUCCAUAUAGUGCACCACUUCUGGCCUGAGCGCUGGGUCUGAACAGGGUGCCAUUUUGGGAUGUAGAUGAAGCACUUCAACCCCUGGUCUCUGUCCUGUAUGUCUGACAGGUGGCUGGGGAGACAGUUGUUCUUUUGUUGAUUUGGCCCAGGUCUGUGGCUCUCUCUCGUAGAACCUGAUGUUUCUGCAUGACUUGAUUUUCCUUCGCUACCUUACAAUAUAAGCCAGACACACACACACACUCUCGUGAGUGCAUGUGUACAACUGCAACCCACAGUGACUGGCAGUGCAUGUGCGUUCAGAUGCCUCCGUACUCUGCCGUUAGGGAGAGUGUGUCCAAACGAGAGAGGGUUAGGAUCCUCUGUGGACACAACUAUGGCUACAUAUGUAGUUGUGUGUUUAGGAUUCUGCUUCUGAGUGGUUUUGGCACAGCUAUGCUUCUCGCUGCUACCUGAUCCAGCCUGUUGUAAAUUGGCCUUGCGCUGUGGCUGCACCCCUCUCCUGUAAACUAGGGCUUCAAUACCAGGGCUGGGUCUACUUCAACUCAGUCCUUUAAGGAUUUCAACCAGAAAUUUCAAUUUAAACAUGUAAUUUCUUGGAUUGGACUUUCAAAUGCAUUUCCUGAAUGGACUCCAUUGAAAUGGAAUUGGCCUCUGGUUUUUAACAAGAGGGCUGGGCUGCCCCAGGGCAACCUAGCUUCUAUUUUACUAUAACUGAUGAUGAUGAUGAAGAGUGUGUGUGUAUACUGUAAAGGGUUUUGUAUAUCCUCUUGGACAAUUGUAGUUCUGUUUGUCACACUGUUCUCCCUCCACUCAGGGUUGUGAUCGAGUGGUUUGGCAAACUUCUACAUUUCUUGUAUGUUUUUUUUUUUUUGCUGUGUUUUUGUUGUUGCAUUACUGUCUAUUGAUCAUGUAUGUUGUCGUCAUUUCCCUUUUUAACGUGUUAAGGUUGUAAACAUUUCGUCAUAAUUUUGUUUUGCCUCGUGCUGCUAAACCAGCUGUAUCUAGUAACUCCUUCAUGCCCCUUUGCUUUCUGCCUACUUGGAGUCACGUCGCUCGUUAAUGACAUCGGAGCGAGAGCUCGACUUUGGUGGCUUUUUUUAUUUUUAUACUUUGAAGUAUUUGAUAGAUGAUCCCCAGGUCUGCUAUACCAUUAGGAGGGACAGAAAGACAUGGUCCUUGUGACUGUCCAGCUUUCCUGUGGGACUACCAGCCUAGUUCUACUACUGUAGUGUUGACCGUCCUCUGAUUUCAUAUUGACGAUGAUACAUGGUGGUCGGGUCUACUCUAGACGGACCUGUCUUGUCUCCCAGUACUGUAACUAUAUACAGCAGGACGCUGGCUCUAAUGGCGCCCUGUUCCAUAUAUAGUGCACUACUUUUGGCAGGACAAUAUUGUAAAUGGGGUGUUAUUUAAGGCGUAAAUAUAAUCAUACUCUUGAUUUCAGAUCAGCGUGUUGUUCAGACACUGCUUCGAAAGAUUCCCUUUUUUUCCUGCCAAUGGCUAAGGUUAGGAUUUGGAGAAUAAUCUGAUCCUAGAUCUGUGACUGUGGUCAUUUGAUGUUCCGCCCCCAUGGCUUUCAUCAAUUUUGGAGUUGGACUGUACAUUCACGAAGGUAAUACAAUGUGUCUGAGGUAAUGAAUUUCUCUGAAGUACGCAAAGACAGUAUUUUAGUGCAGAUACAGUAAUACGUUCUCCAUCGGCGCAAUGCUGACCAUGUAGCAACCUGCUGCAGCAUUAACAGAUAAGGAUAUAUAAGUGUAUCUAUUUAUACUAACUUUAAGAAUUUGAUAGUUAAUUCCCAUUGUGAUAUUGUUUUAAGAUUUUGAUCUCCUGGGUAAUGAACCGUUGGAGUGAGACACUGUUAAGUGAAACAGUGAAGUUAUUUUUUUGGGGCCAUUUUAUUGUUUCUCUUUUUAAUGUUUUGUCUUGUAGAUUUUAGCUAUUCCUGUUGGAUCAUUGUCUAUUGGGUCGAAUGUGACCCAUAACUGUCCCAUGAUAUGGGUUAGUCUUUAUAGAAAUACCAGUGUCAACCAGGGUGUGAGGGGAGGGGUUGCACAUUUUUGUUCUAUCCCAGCACUAACACCUGAUUCAACUACUUAUCACCAAGCCACUGAUUAGUUUAAUCAGGUGUGUUAGCACUGGGCUGGAACAAACACGUGCAACUCUGUGGAUCCUCCCAGGAAGGGAUUGAGAAACACUGGCCUUAGGGCUCUAUUAAAUCUGUAUCGUUGAAGUUCAGCAUUACAGCGGGAUUGAAUUUUAAAGGCAAUGUUCCCGCAUUAGCAGAGACCGCAUUCACGGUAAACACUGCAUAUGUCGGCUCAAUUGAAAAAUUACCUUUUAAAUUUCUAUCACGGACUCUAACGCUUCAGCGAUACAGAUUGAAUAGAGCCUUAGACAGUCCAUAACAUACUGUAUAUCAUGACCAAGCACUUGCAAAAUCUACUGUUCAUUUCCUUUGAAAGAAAAUGAUUUUCUGAUCACAAGGUAAAAUUCAUGGGAAUUUAGUAGUGAAUGUAAAAAUAUUUUUUGUUUCACAGCUGCUGAGCUGUGGCAAGGUCUAGAUAAUGGAAUUGAACAGAAUAUCUAAUAAAAUGGAACAAACCUCCAC